AUGUAAAGACAGUAUUUAACCCCGCAGCAUCCACAGAAGUGGAUAUGUAUAAGUAUGAAUAAGUUAUUUUAUUUGAUGUAAUUUAUUUGAAUUGUGUUGCAAAUACAAAUGCUAACAAACGACAUAUUUGAACUUUUUAAGAAUGUAUAAAUACAUUUUACGAUUGAGCAAUCCAUGCAUUUUUAGCUGCAAUGGUUGAGUGGUAUUAAACACCAGCCGUGUUUGGUAAACACAUUUUUGGGCCUUCAAAUCUUGGUAAGUAGACUUUUGACAUUAUUGUUAAUGAGCUUUAAGUACAUGUAUAUGCUUGUUAAUCCUUUUUGUAAUUAGACCAAGUGAACAGCAUCUGUGUCAGAUGGACUGGGUGGUUGUGAUCUUACACAACCUGAGCAGAUACUUUUUGUGUACAUUUAUUUACAGAAAUGUUUAGUCUUGUACUAAAAUGUUAUUAACAAUUACGACAAUAUGCAUACAGCUGAACCUUUGUACUCUAUUUACCAACCAACAGAUAUAGGACACCUCGGUGAUGAUACAGAGAACAUCACCAUAAUGGAUUAGGUUACGGACACCCCACCUUGUGGCUGCACAGCAAAGUGAUCCCUUUCCCAGAGUGGCGUCAAAUGUUGCCGCUCCUCAGUUGAGGUCUCGGAGAGUUACUGUGUUAACCCUAGCGUGUCUCUGGGCUGUACUGAUGGGCCUGGCAAUUGCUUGGGGAGUGUUCUAUGCUUCCAACAGGAUGAAGAAGAAUAUAUGCGAGAUAGAUAUGGCUGUGACAAGUGAAAUAUCUAUAGGAGAGACAUGCAAGUUCCCCUUCGUAUUCAACGGGGACACGUAUGACUCGUGCACCAGUGCUGGACGGGGCGAUGGUAAACUGUGGUGUGCCACAACCAGUAGCUUCGACGCAGAUGAUCAAUGGGUCUUCUGUCAAAAAAUUGCUCCUUUGGAGUUCUUCAAAGGAUCAUCGUACUAUUUCUCUGAAGACAAACUGACCUGGGAACAGAGUCAAUAUGCCUGCAUCCGUGAAGGAGGACACCUGGUCAUCAUAGAGAGUCAGCAGGAGCAGGACUUCAUUAGAAAGAAAGUGGGAAACACUGGCAGUAAUUACUGGAUUGGAAUGACAGAUAUGAAGGUGGAGGGAGUUUGGGUCUGGAUGGACAAUACAACCCUUAAUGACAACAUCAAGUACUGGGACCAAAACAGUGGAACAGAUAUCAGUGACUUUCCGGAACCAAAUAAUUUGAAGUCACGUGAAGACUGUGCCCAAAUGGGUCAGCGCUGUUCUGAUCAAAUCAGUUGUUGGAUUGACACUGCAUGUGAUGAACCAUCUAAGAGAAUAUGUGAGAGUCAUGCAGCCAGAUAAUCAUUCAAAAUGGAGAGUAUAUUACAUUAUAACAAGCAAAAGGCAUUUGGUAGUAUAUAGUGCCACUUUCACAGGCACAGAUAAGACCUAUUCCUGGAAGAAACACAGUCAGUAGAGAUAAUCUAUAUUAAAUGCUUUCAGUCCAGGACCAGACAUGUGUGCCCAAAUUUUAAUUUGAAAAAAUUGAUUUUAAUCCAUUAGUUAAUUGGUACAUUUAAACUUGUGUCGACCAGUGUUUUGAUUUUGGAUAUUGUACUUUCUCAACAUAUCCAGCUGGAUGUGACAUAUUGUACUUAUAUGGAAAGAUGGAUACAUUUUCAUAAUAUUGGGGUUCUGAUCUUGAUAAUAGAACAUUUAUUAUAUAUUGUUUGAUUUAUUAACUUGAUCCAUAUUUUCUGUCAAUAUUUCUAUUAAUGGUUUAGCAUGUAAUUUCAACCUCAUUUUCAUAAAUAUAACUAAUUUUGUUAUAGCUAACUAGCAAUGGGAUAACAUAUUUGAAUUCAUUUUUUUUCUUUAUUAAAAA